AUGAAUGUCAAGGCAGCGGCAAUCCUUUGCCUUUCGGCUGCAACAUGCGUAGCUGGACGCACCACAGAGUGGGGGUUUUGGAAAGCGUCGGGGCCAAUUCCUCGCUCAGUAGAACAUGAACGAGACGAACGUCAGAACUUGCGUGGUUUGAGCCUUUUCGGUGGAUCAGAUACCGAUGCAUCUACCACCGAUGAAACUACAGCUGAUAAAACUCCCACGAAGGCGGAGAUCACACUCAUAGAAUCGGUUCCCUGCGAACCGAAUCAUGCCGAAGCUGUCAAAUUCGUGGAAACCUUUGGUGAUCUCCAUGCUGGCAAUACAGCAUGUGCCGCCGAGGCAGAUCCUGAUUCUUGCGCAACUGGUUGCUGCCGAUUCGGCGCAUUCUUCAUCUGUGACGAAUCAAACAAGAUGGCUCACUUACCGUGUGUGUGCAAUCGCAACACUCAAAACCCUGACGACUACACGGUUACCUACACGGAACCCAACGCCGAACGAUCAGGAGAAAAAACUACCGACGCGACGGACCCAGCCGAAGACCCCACAGAAGCCCCGACAGAGCCACCUGAACCCGAAGAGGACAAGAACCUUCUUGAUGAUUUUCUUGGACUCCUUGGUUGGGGAGACACCAAAGAAGAAGGGAACGAAACAGAGACUACCACAGCGGCACCAGCUACUAACGAAACUGACAGUGAUAGUGGCUUUUUCAGCAUCUUUGAUUUCUUUUCAGGAGACAAGGCAGAAGGAGAUGAAGCCGGUGACGGCGCCGCUAUUGAUGUGGAUGCUGGUACCGAUGAGGCUCAGGAGAGUGAACCGGAUGCCUCAGCGGAAUCGGCAAAAUCAGAGAAUGAUGACAGUGGAGAUGCCGGUGGAGAUGCUGGUGGAGAUGCCGGUGGAGAUGCCGGUGGAGAUGCCGCUGGAGAUGCCGGUGGUGAUGCCAACGAUGAGGAUGCAGAAACUGACAAGGGCAGACCAGAAAGAUCAUUCAACGAAACUGAUGCUACUGGUGUUGAUGAAACUGAUGCUAUUGAGGCAGAUGCUUCAGAAGAAUCACCAAAGGAUGGGAAUGAAACUGAUGCUAGUGUUGAUGAUGCUAGUGUUGAUGACAUUGAUAAUGUUGAGGUUGAUACUGAUGUUGAUGAAGAAUUGCCAAAGGAUGGCAAUGAAACAGAUGCAAUUACUGAUGAUGCUGGUGGUGACAAGAGUGAUGGUGUUUACUUAUCAACAGAAGGACAACCAGAGAAGGCAGGCAAUGAAACUGAUGCAGACGCAAAUGCAGACACUGGAAGUGAUGAUGUUGACGCCAUUGAUGUGGAUGCUGAUGCUGAUGCUGAUGCUGACAAGCAGGGUGGCAUUGUUGGAGAUGCUAUGUCGGCAGUUGGAGAUGGUGUGGGUGCAGUUGGAAAUGGCCUCUCUGCUGUUGGUGGAACAGUUGUGGAUGGUGCUAGCACUGUUGGCGGGGCAGUUGUGGAUGGUGCUUCAGCUGUUGGAAAUACAGUUGGGUCUGGCCUGGACACAGCUACUGGUGGACUGUCUACUGAUGCAGCAAAUGCUGUGGGUGGUGUGGUUGAAGGCCCUGUCAAUGCAGUUGGAAGUACCAUAGAGGCCGGAGCGGGUGCAGUAGGAGGCGCCGUAGAGGCCGGAGCCGGUGCAGUAGGAGGCACCAUAGAGGCCGGAGCCGAUGCGGUAGGAUUAAACAAGGCAGGCAAUGAAACUGAAGCUGAAACUGAAGCUGAUGAAAGCCGCAUCCCUUUCAUCUCAGACAUCAUGGAUGCCAUCACUGGUGAAGGAAAUGAGACUGACACAGAUGCAGACACUGGAAGUGAUGAUGGUGAUGCCAUUGAUGUGGAUGCUGAUGCUGACAAGCAGGGUGGCAUAAUUGGAGAUGGUAUGUCAGCAGUCGGAGAUGGUGUGGGUGCAGUUGGAAAUGGCCUCUCUGCUGUUGGUGGAACAGUUGUGGAUGGUGCUAGCACUGUUGGUGGGGCAGUUGUGGAUGGUGCUUCAGCUGUUGGAAAUACAGUUGGGUCUGGCCUGGACACAGCUACUGGUGGACUGUCUACUGAUGCGGCAAAUGCUGUGGGUGGCGUGGUUGAAGGCCCUGUCAAUGCAGUUGGAAGUACCAUAGAGGCCGGAGCGGGUGCAGUAGGAGGCGCCGUAGAGGCCGGAGCCGGUGCAGUAGGAGGCACCAUAGAGGCCGGAGCCGAUGCAGUAGGAUUAAACAAGGCAGGCAAUGAAACUGAAGCUGAAACUGAAGCUGAUGAAGGUCGCAUCCCUUUCAUCUCAGACAUCAUGGAUGCCAUCACUGGUGAAGGAAAUGAGACUGACACAGAUGCAGACACCGGAAGUGAUGAUGGUGAUGCCAUUGAUGUGGAUGCUGAUGCUGAUGCUGACAAGCAGGGUGGCAUAAUUGGAGAUGGUAUGUCAGCAGUUGGAGAUGGUGUAGGUGCAGUUGGAAAUGGCCUCUCUGCUGUUGGUGGAACAGUUGUGGAUGGUGCUAGCACUGUUGGUGGGGCAGUUGUGGAUGGUGCUUCAGCUGUUGGAAACACAGUUGGGUCUGGCCUGGACACAGCUACUGGUGGACUGUCUACUGAUGCAGCAAAUGCUGUGGGUGGCGUGGUUGAAGGCCCUGUCAAUGCAGUUGGAAGUACCAUAGAGGCCGGAGCGGGUGCAGUAGGAGGCGCCGUAGAGGCCGGAGCCGGUGCAGUAGGAGGCACCAUAGAGGCCGGAGCCGAUGCAGUAGGCUUAAACAAGGCAGGCAAUGAAACUGAUCCUGAUGAAGGCCGCAUCCCUAUCAUCUCGGACAUCAAGGAUGCCAUCUGUGGAGCGUGUAGUGGUGAAAAGUCUGGAAAUGAGACUGACACAGAUGCAGACACCGGAAGUGAUGAUGGUGAUGCCAUUGAUGGGGAUGCUGGAGCCGAUGCAGUAGGAUUAAACAAGGCAGGCAAUGAAACUGAUGCAGCAGAGCCAGGUGAGGAAGGAGUCCUUAUUGAAGCAGAAGCAGAAGAAGAAGAAGCACUGGAGGAAGUGCAAUCAGAAUUGGAGCAAAUGGAGGAAGAGGUGAAAACUGUUUUGGAUGAGCUUGAGGGUGGUGACAACAAUGGUGACAAGAACUAG